UCAUUUUAGCUUAGAACGCGAAAGCGCAAAGUUUCGUGUUUCGCGCAGCGGUUGCCGACAAGUGUUGCUGUUGCUGUUCCGCUCGCACUCACAACCGCACACACACUCGCUGCGGGAGCGAGCGAGAGAGGCAGACAUUUACGCAGAACAUGUUUUCGCAAUAGUGUUGGUGUGCCGUUUGUUAUUGUUGUUAUUGUAUCCAUCGCUUAGGACCGUUAAUAAAAGAUAAAUAAGUGAAUAAUUGAAUUAUAAAUAUAGAGGGUACAGCGACGACACACACACAAUCGUGGAUUAUUUAGAUAAAUUUAUUUCCCCGUACCCAUGAAAUGUGUUAAUUAUAUAAAAAAAAAAAGUAAAUAAUCGUUCGUAUUGAAGAGCAACAGUUCAUGCUCGUCAAAAACGAGAAAUAUCUAAAGCAAAAUCAGGAACACAAAAAUUCCCAUUUCCCUCGCCUUAUUCGGACGCCCUAUUAGUCAUUCUUGCAAAAAACAAGCUGAAAAUGUUUGGCAACUUGGAAUGUGAGCCUGAUGAUGCCCUGCCCCUUUUGGCCCUAACAAACAUUACGUAUACGCAAUAAGCAUAAUAAAAACAAAACGGCAAUUGUUGUGAAACCUGUUCCCUCCUUUACUUUCUGUCGCCGUGUGCAGCUUGCAGCUUAACAAAAAGUAAAAAUCAAAAGCUUCGCCGAGAUACCAAAAUAAAUCUUGUGUGCGCCAAAAAGUGAAAAUCGAAAAACAAAAAGAACGCAAAAAGGCUGCUAGAAUAGGAAAUUCCUUUUGGCCAACCCGUUUGGUUUGGUUAAAACCGCCAAAAGCAGCAAUUAUUUCCAUGCUGGUUUUUUAUUUCUUUUUAUAACCCUCGCCAUUUAUUGUUCAAUUUAGUUUUGAGAGGCGUGCUCGAAAAUUAACACAAACACAAAACGUAAACAGAGGAAGAAAAAUCGGUAGUGAAUAAAGUCCAAAUCUAAAUCCAAAUCCACAUCGAAAUAAAAAUAAAAAUGGCCGAGUCAACAACCACAUCGCCAUCGGUGACGAGCGAAGAUGGCCAAAUCCAUGGCUACAAUAACAGUGAUAACGACUCUGGCGACUCGUGUCACCUGCGAAUCGUUGUGCUCAGCGGCCAGUCGCUGGCCAAAAAGGAUAUAUUCGGCGCCAGCGACCCGUAUGUCAGAAUCGAUUUGAAUACAAUCAACGGUGAUAUUAAUAUUGACUCAGUUCUCACGAAGACCAAAAAGAAGACACUGAACCCAAUCUGGAACGAAGAGUUCAUAUUCAGAGUUAAACCGUCUGAGCAUAAGCUUGUCUUUCAAGUAUUUGACGAGAAUCGCCUGACACGCGACGACUUCCUGGGCAUGGUUGAGCUGACCCUGGUGAAUCUGCCCACCGAGCAGGAGGGUCGCACCAUCGGAGACCAAAGCUACACUCUGCGCCCGCGCAGGUCAGUAGGCAGCGCCAAAUCCCGCAUCAAGGGCACCCUGCGCAUCUACCACGCAUUCAUCCGGGAGACGCGGGAGCAGAGCGAGCCAUCUAGCGGCAACAGCGAUGGCGAGUGGGAGCACGUAGAGGCCACCAACUCUGUUGAGUCCUCAGCCCAGCCGUAUCCCUUUCCUAAUAUCGGCCACGAUGCCCUGCCCGCUGGCUGGGAGGAGCGCCAGGAUGCCAAUGGGCGCACGUACUAUGUGAAUCACACGGCAAGGACGACACAAUGGGAACGGCCUACUGUCCUGACGAGCAACAGUAAUCAGUCCACUGACCAGUUGGCCUCGGAUUUCCAGAGACGUUUUCACAUUAGCGUGGACGAAACGGAGUCAGGACGUUCGGCGGACACCAUCAGUCGCAAUAGUUUAGAGGACAAUAACAAUGUUGCUGGCUUAGCAACUACACCUACAACAACAACAGCAGCAACAACACCAACAACAACGAUCUCACCACCCAACACACCAACAAACAACAAUGGAUUUCCAAGCCACAUGGCCCUGUUGCAAGAGGGCGAACAGGCUGAUCCAACAUUGGACCAUACAAGUUUUGUUUACAAUUCCCUGCGACAUCCUGUCGCCCAUAGGCAACCCGAAAUCUCAGCGACCAGUUUACAGAACGACCUGCGGCCAGUGCGUGAGGCACCCGGGGUGCCGGAUAUAGCCAUAACCAAUCUGUUGACGCGGCGGGCCGCGAACAGCAUGGCCGGCGGAGGUACGGGACGACAACAGCAGCGGCGGCGACAGCAGAUGCAACUGCAUAUCCAGCAGCAUCAGCAGCGGCAACAGCAGCAGCAGCAGCAGAAUAGAAUAUUGCUUGAUGUGGAUAAUAGUCAGCAGGAGCUGCAACAUCGGGGGCAACGACACCAGCAACUUCAAUUGCACCAGCAAACUCAGACAUCGAAUGAAGACACCGAUCACACAGACAGCCACAAUCCCUCCGACAUCUCAGCUCCGUCCACACGACGCAAUUCCGAGGAAGACAACGCGGCUGUGCCUCCAAUGGAACAAAAUGCUGGUGGCGAGGAGGAACCCCUGCCACCUCGCUGGUCGAUGCAAGUAGCUCCCAAUGGAAGGACUUUCUUUAUUGAUCACGCAUCUCGGCGGACCACUUGGAUUGAUCCGCGCAACGGAAGGGCCAGCCCAAUGCCAAAUCAGACGCGUCGCGUCGAAGAUGACCUAGGUCCCUUGCCGGAAGGAUGGGAGGAACGAGUACAUACCGAUGGACGCAUAUUCUAUAUAGAUCAUAACACACGAACCACGCAGUGGGAGGAUCCUCGCAUGUCCAAUCCAAACAUUGCCGGCCAAGCUGUGCCCUACUCAAGAGAUUACAAGCAGAAAUACGAGUAUUUCAAGAGUCACAUUAGGAAGCCAACAAAUGUACCAAAUAAAUUUGAGAUACGUAUUCGUCGUACAUCGAUUCUGGAGGAUUCUUAUAGAAUUAUAAGUUCGGUGACCAAGACCGAUUUACUAAAGACUAAAUUGUGGGUGGAGUUUGAGGGGGAAACUGGCUUGGAUUACGGAGGCCUCGCUAGGGAAUGGUUCUAUUUAUUAUCAAAGGAGAUGUUUAACCCAUACUACGGACUCUUUGAGUAUUCGGCCAUGGAUAACUAUACGCUGCAGAUAAAUAAUGGCAGCGGCUUGUGCAACGAGGAACAUUUAAGUUACUUUAAAUUCAUUGGCCGCAUUGCAGGCAUGGCUGUGUAUCAUGGUAAGCUUUUGGAUGCCUUCUUCAUUCGUCCAUUCUACAAGAUGAUGCUGCAAAAGCCCAUAGACCUGAAGGACAUGGAGUCCGUAGAUACGGAAUACUACAACUCGUUAAUGUGGAUCAAAGAGAAUGAUCCACGCAUCCUUGAACUGACAUUCUGCCUGGAUGAGGACGUCUUUGGACAAAAGAGUCAGCACGAACUGAAGCCAGGCGGCGCCAACAUAGACGUGACCAAUGACAACAAGGAUGAAUACAUAAAACUGGUUAUUGAGUGGCGUUUUGUGGCCCGUGUCAAGGAGCAGAUGUCGUCGUUCCUGGACGGCUUCGGAUCGAUUAUCCCCCUGAAUCUUAUAAAGAUUUUCGACGAGCACGAGCUGGAGCUAUUGAUGUGCGGCAUACAAAACAUCGACGUAAAGGAUUGGCGCGAGAAUACUUUGUACAAGGGCGACUACCACAUGAAUCACAUAAUCAUACAGUGGUUCUGGCGGGCGGUACUCUCCUUCACCAACGAGAUGCGUUCACGUCUUUUGCAGUUUGUGACGGGCACAUCGCGCGUGCCUAUGAACGGUUUCAAGGAGUUGUAUGGCUCCAAUGGCCCCCAAAUGUUUACCAUCGAGAAGUGGGGCACGCCUAAUAACUUUCCAAGGGCACAUACCUGUUUCAAUCGACUGGACCUGCCGCCCUAUGAGGGCUACCUGCAGCUGAAGGACAAGCUAAUCAAGGCCAUCGAGGGUAGCCAAGGAUUUGCUGGAGUUGAUUAAUAACACCGGCAACGGGAAUGAAAGCGAAUGGCUUUGGCUGGAGGUGCAGCAACAGUUUCGGCAGCGCCAGGAGGAGGAGCGGCUACAACGAUUCCACGCAUCACAAGAACCACAUGAUCAACAACAACAACAACGACUUGAACAGCAACAGCAGCAGCAUCAGCGAAAUCAGCGGCACAACCGCAACCUCAUUGCAUCCACUUGGAGUAGCACCGCCAGCAGAUCGUGUACUUAUUUGUUCGUUUGCUUUUGUAUUAUAAUCAUUUUUGCUAGUUUAGUGUUAUUUCGUAUGUAUUUUAACUAGGCGCCAAAACUCACACACAACAACACUUACUCCUUACACUUUAAACCUUAAACCUUAACCGUUAAACCUAAAACCUUAUUGGAGCGAAGGAGAGAAGGAUCCAAAUAAAGCUGCGCAUGGUGAACCACAAGAACCUAACAAAGAGUCCAAAUUAUAUAUAAAUAUAUUUAUUACAUUGCCGACAAUUGUAAAAAGUUGAGAACGUUUUACAAACUAAGUGAGAAGAGGAGAGACGAAUCCAAACUAACUAUUAAAUCUAUAGAGUCAAAAGUAUAUCUUGUAUGUAUAUGCAGAGAAAAACCUUUUUAUAAUUGUUAUUUUUAUGCGCUAUUCCUCUAUACAUGCCGACAGCAAAUACCUAAGGGCGAAAAAAAUUAAUAUAAAUGCAAGUUAAUAUUUGUAAUCUGAUGGAUGCAUAUUUUUAAACAAAUUAAAUUUUCUAUUCUGUAUAACUGUAUGUGUAUUCGUAAUAAUGAUAAUGUUAGUUCGUAAAAGUCGCUCUUUACUAUUAAAUAAAAAGACAAAACAUCAAAUAUAUAUAAAAGCAGAAGUCUUAAAACUAAAACCUUAAAAAUGCAAUCAAUGUAUAUUGUAUAAAUGUUAAUUAUAUACAGACACACACAUUCCAAAUGUUUAUUGCGAAAGAGUAACUCUGCAAAAGGAGGCCUAUAUGAUAAUAUGAUUAUUGACCGAUCGGAAGUCUAUCAAAAUUAAAUUUUAAAGUCAAAUUAUGGUAUAGUAAGUGAGGACUGGAACUUCUUAUACGAAGCCAGAGAGCGACACAAAGAAAAUGAAUACCAAUAAAAAGGUAAAGUUAAGUAAUUCAAA